GGCUAUUUUAUGUAAAGUCUGGAUACCAGCGCUUAGGAGCCCUGCCUGUGUCCAUGUGGUCAAGUUAGAGGUGCAGGUGAGGCUGGGGGACACUCUAAAGGUAGGACUAAGGCUGAAAAUACAGGAAAGCCAGUCUUGGAAGUUCUAAGUGCCUGGGUACAGAACCUACUUACAUCUAUGCUGAAAGCUGUGUGUGAAGACUGGCUCCUAGGAGGAUCUAGUAAUGGCAAGGAGUAGGAUUGGGACAGAAACUUGUCUUUCCACACAGUCUGCCCCUUGUUAUGCUGUUGAAAUGUCAUAAAGGUCCUCAGCUGUAAGCUGUGACAUCCAAAUAGAGCACUUUAGUAGAACAGGACAAAUGGCCGGAAGGCUGGGGGACAAAGCUCAAGAGUUACCUUACCUGGAGCAGACUCCACAAGGAGUCAGUCGAGAGAAUUUCCAUUGGGAAUCCAAGGUGGCAAUAGCAGGGCCGAAGUGCUUGUGUUCCGCCAGCCCACUGUCUGUGUUACCCAGGGAUAUGCUGAGCGGCUUCUGAAUUAUUGUCCAUGCUGAGAUCACAUGCUCAUACUAGAGCUGUAAAGUCCCAUGGGAGCUGGUAUCUGGCCCCUUGCGGCCUAUGCAGGAAGAGUCGAGCUCUUUAGAACUCCAGAGGAAGAUCCUGCCGGGCCUGUACAUUGGCAACUUCAAAGAUGCAAGAGAUGCAGAACAAUUGAGCAGGAACAAGGUGACACACAUUCUUUCUGUGCACGACACUGCCAGGCCCAUGCUGGAGGGAGUUAAAUACCUGUGUAUUCCAGCAGCAGACUCACCGUCUCAAAACCUGACAAGACAUUUCAAAGAAAGUAUUAAAUUCAUUCAUGAGUGCCGACUCCAGGGUGAGGGCUGUCUUGUACAUUGCCUGGCUGGGGUCUCCAGGAGUGUGACACUGGUGAUCGCAUACAUCAUGACUGUCACCGACUUUGGCUGGGAAGAGGCCUUACACACCGUUCGUGCAGGGAGGUCCUGUGCCAACCCCAACCUGGGCUUCCAAAGGCAGCUGCAGGAGUUUGAGAAACACGAAGUGCGGCAGUAUCGGCAAUGGCUGAGAGAAGAAUAUGGAGAGAACCCCUUGCGGGAUGCAGAAGAAGCCAAAAGCAUUCUGGGUAAAUAUAAAGAGCAAGGGCGCAUGGAGCCCCGGCCUAGCAGCAGGCGGUGGAGCAGCCUUUCAGCCCUGCCUGCUCUCACCUACAAUAACUACACAACAGAGACCUAACACAGAGAGCCUGUGUCUGCCUCCUGCUGCAGGGCUUCUGGGUUGCCUACCCUGUGCUGGUGUGCCUGGUGUGCUGGCUCCCGCCUCUGAGGACUACAAGAGGAGGUCGCAGCGAGGUGGAGCACUCGGGGCUCCUCCCCAGGACCCUGCCCCACUCAGGCCUUUUCAGUCUCCCGCCUUGGCCCACUCUUUUCCUCACCUGAACUUGCCCAGCCUGGGAUGCUACCCAGCCACUGUGUAUUUCUCAUAUGUGUGUAAGAGCAUGUGUGUGUGUGUAAGAGUGUGCAUAUAUACCUACCAAUGUAUGCAAUGUGAACCAGUAUACAUGUAAAUGUGUCUCUGCAUGUGGGAACUGAGUGUUUAUGGUGCUGAAAGUUAUAAGCCCCUGCUGCUAGAACUGUGAUGGGCAUAUUGUUCAAUCCGCAUGGAAGUCAUUUGAACUUGGCCCCUGAAAAGCUACUCACCAAGUAAUAGCCCAUCCCUGUGGUGAGUGAGAGCUCAGGGUGUGAGCAGCUGGAAACAGUGGUGUUCCAGAUCCUGGUGGUAUAGAGGAAGGAACAGGACCCCCCCCCCCCAGAGGAAGGGUGGCAUAAUCCCAGAAAGUUUUAUGUGUAUAGGAACAAGGGAGGUGCUGGUGAGCAUUGUCUUAGACUUGAUAAGUACAUCAGACCUCAGCCUCCCUGCUGGCUCAAGUCAUGCUCCACUCAUCAUGUCCCUGAGUUCCACUUGGUGCCUGCUGUGUGUGGGUCCAGCAUCAUUUGACUUCCAUGGUGAUCCGGUAUGGUGACAUGGAGGACCUGAGACACAGUAACCCUAUACCAGAGGUCUGGCCCACCUUCUGUCUGCUUUUACAUACUCAAACCUCUGGCCAGCCUCUUGCUGCAGGGGUCUCAUCUCAGGUCUGCAUGUACCUGGAGGAACUGGAAAGAAAGAACAAUCAUUAAACACCAUAGCAGUUUGUGAUUUAAAAUGCCUAAGCCUUCACGGAGCUCAUUGUUGUAUGCUGUGGACUCGACCUUUGACUCAGCUACCUCAUGAGGUUCCUUCCUUCCGUCCUUCCUUUCUUCCUUCCCUCCUUCUUCCAUCCAUCCAUCUAUCCUUCUCUCCUUCCUUCCUUCCUUCUUUAAGGUUGGGGUUUCUUUGGUACCCCAAUCAACCCUGCUUCAUAGUUGAGAAUCUUUGUCAUGUGGCUUUUGUUUUUGAAACCAAAGAGAAGAGCAUACUUAUGUCAUUGAGCAAUUUAAUAUUUGCCGUUUGGCUUCCAUAAGGUUUUCUAGUGGGUCAAUCCCCACAUUCUGGCCAUGGGAGCUCCUUAGCUCGAAGUUUGUGGCAGCAGGCACCCCAAGAAGCUCUGCACAGUCUGGGGUCCAGUUCUUUAUGCCAAUUCACAUGUCUUCAGCAUGCAGAACCAUGCAAAUGAAAAAUACACUCACCCUCUCCCUAAAGACACUGCACCCAGGUCUCUCUGAACUGUAAGAAGACUCUGAGUAAGAAGCAGCAGUCUUCCUGUGUGUAUGGAGCCUUUUGGGGCCAGGGAAGUGAGGUUGAACUCUCCAUGUGUGCAGUCCCUGCAUAGGUAGUGAGAAAAGGAAAGAUGUCCAAUAACUCGGCAUCGUUAGCUAAACUGAAUUACCGUAAGCCAAGGAAUAGCAUAGGGAGUGAAGCUUGAAUGUGGUGCCCGUGUGAACAGCGACAUAUGUUUCCGUAGGUUCUCCACUGUCUUAGUUUUUGUUGCCAGUGAUGUUCUUUCUCCACAGCUGCCCCGGGAAUUCUGAAGUACUGGGCCUUUCUCAGAAGACUGUAAUGUACCUGAAGUUUCUGAAAUAUUACAAAGCUCAGGCUGGUGCUGCCAAAAAGAAAAGUCACGUAGAGUUUAUUUUUAAGAAUGCAAUGGUGAUUUGUAUACUUGUUUAUUUUUCAUUUUAAACGGAAUGCAUGUAUAAUCAUGUUGGAAUAUGUUAAGAACUAUGGAGCUUCUGUAGCAAGAGAAAGUAUCUUUGCCUUAACUCCACUGCUGUGGUUGUUCCUUCCACCUGACCAAGGCUCAAACAAUAAUCUCAAGAGCUCUGUCUGUUUCCAAAUAUUACCUGCUUCUCAUGACGAUACCCAAGAAGGAAGCCUGCACCUGGGAAAUGUGCAGCGUGAACUCUGCCCUCCAGUUAAGUUCUCCAGCUCCAGACAUGUCUCUUGGUGUGUGUUUUACCCACUGUUGUUAUUCUAUACGGUAGAAUUACCAAACGCUAUUCAGAUUUCUUAAUAAAGGGCAAGUUAACCAA